AUGGCCGGCCCCUUCGACCUCAUAAUUGGCGUCCUGCUCAUCGGACUGUUUUUCAACACCUAUCUUUAUGGGCUUGUGACCUAUCAGUUCAUCGUGUACAGCAACACGAAGUUCAGUGACCCUCAAUGGAUCAAGAUCAUGGUGGGCGUAUUGUUCGUGAUUGAUACGAUCCACACUGCGGUUGGUAUCUACAUGGCAUGGGAUAUGUGCGUCACGAACUAUGGCAAUCCUGCGUCCCUUCUUCUCGUCAGCUGGGCGAUCCCCUUCACUGCAUGUGCGACGUCGGUGGUGGCGAUCAUCUCGCAAUUCUUCCUUGGUCAUCGUGCCUUCCUUCUCACCAAGAGCUACAUCCUUGCCACCGCCAUCGGAAUUCUCAGUAUCUUGGGCUUCAUCUUCGGCAUGAUAGCCGGUAUCAAGUCUGGUAUCGCUGGCGAAGUCUCAAAGUUCGGUCCUCUCAAGCCCUAUGUCAUUUGCUGGCUCGGAUUCCAAACAGCCGCCGACUUGUUGAUCACUGCUUCACUGUCAUUUGUCCUCUCCCAGUCGAAGACAGGCUUCCGUCGUACCGAUACCAUCAUCAACCGCCUCAUCCGUGGUGCCGUCCAGACCGGGCUCUUUGUCGCCAUCUUCGCCCUCGCCGACUUGUUCUCCUUCGUUCUCCACGGUGACACCAACUUUUACGCCAUGUUCGCCUACCCCAUCGGCCGUAUCUACACGAACACUUUGUUGGACACGCUGAAUGCCCGUGCGGAUUUGAAGAACAUGACCAACACAAUUGACAUGGACUCCGAGAGUAACGCAAAUGCCUUCCGCAUGAACAACAGCCACACGCUGCACUCGGUGCAAAUACAAAAGGAAGUCAUCUCCGACACCCACUUCGACGGAACGGAUAGCGUCUUCCAGUCGUCCAAGGGGGCCGCAGUGUAA